UGCAGCCUUUUGAUUCGGACAUGGAUAGUCCUGUUUGUAGCCCAGAUGGGGCAGAUGUGGGCCAAGAUGGCAAUUCUGCAAAUCAUGCAGAUAAAAAACUCUUGUAUGGCCAAGAUGGCGACCUCAAAAAGUGGGAAAAUUAUAGCAUCCCUAAGAAAAGACUGAAAAAGGGAGCGAUAGACAAAGAUCGUUAUGAAGACGACAGUGAUUCGUCCGAUCCUUACGAAGAUGAUAGUUCAUCAGAAGAGGAUGGCGAAAUUGACGAUUUCACUUACAAGUCGCCAUUGACACAAUCGCAUAGCCGUGACGAGCCGCAGGCCGAUUCUGGUGAUGAACUAGACGCUAAGCGUUUUGAUCCGCUCAGUGAUUAUACGGAAUACAUGCUUGAUAAAAGCAAUCAAUUUUUGAAUCCGCCGGAUGUCGACGAUUAUCUCGAGGACUUGGUGGCGGAUCACAAGUCUAUGAAGUUCUUGAAAAUGCACGAUUCCUCACUGAAAUUUGUACAGAAACGAGUUUCUCAGUGCAUGGGACCCUUAUCUAGAAUUUGGGACGAAAUGGACAAAGCUAAUGAGGGCACUACGUCUAGUAUGGAAAUCGAGGAAGUGGUGAACUUGUUGGAAAAAACUAUACUCAUGAUUGGUCAAGUGAAUGUUGCGUGUCUUUACGAACGAAGACUGAAUUUCCUCGCCAAAAUUCUCAAAAGUACCAAGAAAGCAAAGAGCAUGUUGCGUGAAAACGAGACAAAAUUUCAAGACGAGUCGGUCUUGUUUGGGAACGACUUUUACACGACCCUGUACAGGAAGUCGAAAGACAGAAAGCGUGCACGAGAGAUGUCGAGGGACAUCGCCAGACCAGUCAACAAGAAACCAAGACAGAGUGUUGACCAGCCCUUUCGGCAGGGACCCUCUGGUGAUCAGAGAAAGUCCAGAGGGUCGAGCUACUCAAGAGGCACCGGCAGAGGCGCCAUUACAAAGAAACAGAGAGCUCCAACCUUUGGCGGCAAGAAGUAGCUAGAGUCCUGAGUCGUGAACAACUUAGUACUUUGUACCUUCACUACCUUGAUAACAAAAUUAAAAAAAAA